UUGAAAGGAUAAUUGAACACAACGUAAUCAUGUGCAGGAUGGGUGAAAAUACCACUACUUGAGGAAUCAUCUAAAAACAGUUGUAAAGAUGGCGACUUUAUCAUGUUUCUUCCUAUGGCGAAUUCAUCAUGUUUCUUCCCUCCCUACCAUAGACAUUACCAUUAUUAAGCGUGUACAAAUUCUUUGCAUCUCUUUCUAACUUUCCUUUUGCUCCAUCUUUCUUCAUUCCUCCUUUAGCCUCCAAAACAACAAAGAUAAAGCAGACAAAAUGUACUGAAAUACCCACCAACCCUGAGUGUCCAAGCUAACUUGGGCUACUAAGUUUUCAACAUUGCUGAGUAGUACAGCACAUCUGUUUUUGGCACAAGUGAAGUGUUCUCUAGCACAAUGGAAGUCCCAACAGGGUUUUUGGCAACCUUAUGGAGUCUGAUGGCCUUCUUGCCUUUCUUUGCACUUCUUUUAGUCUUGGGGAUUCUUAAAGCGAUAAUUUUUAGUCCAGUAGCACUUGUUAUUAUUGGAACCGGAAACUGGGCAAUUAUUGUGGGAUUAUGGCCUGUACACUUGAUCCGGACUUACUACUGCGUUGCCAAAACCAAGCUACUGGGACCAUUUUUGAAGUUUGUUAUUCUUUUAGUGCUUCCAAUGCCACUAUUUUUGUGGCUGGUAAUUGGUGGUUUUGGAAGCAUUGUUGUUGGUAUAAGCUACGGGAUCUGUUCACCAUUGAUGGCAACAUUUGCAGCAGUCGGUGAAGGGAAAAGACAAAAAUUUAAACAGUGCUUUAUUAGUGGGACCUGGAGCACAGUUCUAGGAAGCUGUACAGUGGUGCGAGACUUUGCAGAUGUGUGCUAUCAUUCUUACUUUUCUACUCUCGAUGAGAUUCGUGAACAUCUACCAAAAAGCGGCAAGCCUUUGGAUAUUAAUUUGUCGCAGAUACCAGGGUGUAUAUUGGUGGGGCUACUUGGCAUCUUAACAGAUGUGCCUAUAAUUACAGUAAUAGCAGUUUACAAAUCCCCCUUCAUGCUAUUUAAGGGAUGGAAACAGUUAUUAAGAGAUCUUAUUGGAAGGGCAGGGCCCUUUUUGGAGACUGCUUGUGUUCCAUUUGCUGGCCUCUCUAUUAUUCUCUGGCCUUUGGCAGUUGUGUUCAGUGUCUUGGGGGCAAUUCUGUCGAGCUUUUUUCUUGGCAUCUAUGCAUCUGCCAUUGUUUAUCAGGAAACUUCUAUUUGGCGAGGAUUAGCCUACAUUGUGGCUACAAUAGCAUUGUUUGAUGAAUACACCAAUGACCUUCUGUACCUGCGAGAAGGAAGUUGUUUUCCAAGACCUAAAUACCGCAAGAAAAGUGCCUCUGAUGCUGCAGAUAAUAUUAUUCCAGGUAGUCCAAUUUCUAAGGCUCAAAAACAACCUCCACAGCGUUUAUCUUCAUUCAGUGACGCUUGGCAGGAAUUGAAAGCAGUGCAGGUAUGGAAUAGUAUCUUUGAGGCCUGUGAGGAGUUGGGUAAAGUUCUGUACCAAGCUGGUGUAAUUGCAGAUGAAGAUCUGAAAGACUGGAAGCGAUCUGAAAGCAGGAUACUCAAUAUUGGGCUUCCAGCUUAUGUUCUGCUACAGUGCUUUCUCCGCUCCGUAAAGUCAAAUAAGCCUGGUUUUGUUCUGCGGGACGGCAAGGUGUUAACACGGGCUAAUAGGCCUGAGGGAAGAGCUUUCGAUUUUUUUUGGGAACCAAUGUCAACCAUGUUAGAACAGCUAAAAAAUCUAAAACUUAAUGAGAGCGAAGAACUAUAUUUGUCCAAAUUGGUACUUACAGGAGGUGAUUCUGAACGGAUGGAAAAAUGGCACAAUGGGGGAAUCCCACCUGCAGAUGAGAUCAAAAGAGGUCAAUUGCAAGGCAUAAGUAAAAGAAUACGUGGAUUUGCUACAACUCUAUCAAGAAUGCCAACUUUCAGGCGUCGUUUUGAAGAUGUCGUGAAGGCAAUUUCUAGAGCAGCGGGUGAGAUGAAGGGCAGUGAAGAACUCGUUUAAGAAUUAAGCAGUUGCAAAUGUAAAAUAGCAGUUUGUGAACCAUGGUUAAGUGUAUAUUCCAGUGUAAUUCCAAAAAGAUUUCCCAUUGUCUAGACAACACCACCUUCAGAAAAUACUGGCUGUAACUAGCAGUAACAGUCUGCAUUCGGUAUGGGUUGGUUUAUCACACAUUUUCAGCCUUCUCUGAUACAUGACAUUGUAACUUCAACCUCUUAUUAGUCAAUUUUUUCAUUGGUUUUGAUACAAGUGCUGGUGGACAUGAGUCCAGUAUAAUACAAUUAUGAUACAUUAUUAAAAAGGAGAGCAUAAAACUGAAAUUACACCAUGAUU